CAUUUCCCAGAAGGCUCCAGUCGGCGGGUGCCGCGGUGCCUUGUGUGGGAUGCCGCCGCCCGCCGCCAUGGGGCUGAAGGCCGCCCAGAAGACACUGUUCCCGCUGCGCUCCAUCGACGACGUGGUGCGCCUGUUCGCUGCAGAGCUGGGCCGAGAGGAGCCGGACCUGGUACUCCUCUCCUUGGUUCUGGGCUUCGUGGAGCAUUUCCUGGCUGUCAACCGUGUCAUCCCCACCAACGUGCCCGAGCUCUCCUUCCAGCCCAGCCCAGCUCCCGAUCCUCCCGGCGGCCUCACCUUCUUCCCCGUGGCUGACCUGUCUAUCAUCGCUGCCCUCUAUGCCCGCUUCACCGCUCAGAUCCGUGGCGCCGUCGACUUGUCGCUCUACCCCCGGGAGGGAGGCGUCUCCAGCCGCGAGCUGGUGAAGAAGGUCUCUGACGUUAUAUGGAACAGCCUCAGCCGCUCCUACUUCAAGGACCGAGCCCACAUCCAAUCCCUCUUCAGCUUCAUCACAGGCACUAAACUGGACAGCUCCGGUGUGGCCUUUGCUGUGGUAGGGGCCUGCCAGGCCCUGGGUCUUCGGGAUGUCCACCUGGCCCUGUCUGAGGAUCACGCCUGGGUAGUUUUUGGGCCUAAUGGGGAGCAGACAGCUGAGGUCACCUGGCAUGGCAAAGGCAACGAGGACCGCAGAGGCCAGACGGUCAACGCAGGUGUAGCUGAGCGGAGCUGGCUGUACCUGAAAGGAUCAUACAUGCGUUGUGACCGCAAGAUGGAGGUGGCAUUCAUGGUGUGUGCCAUCAACCCUUCCAUUGACCUGCACACUGACUCCCUGGAGCUGCUACAGCUGCAGCAGAAGCUGCUCUGGCUGCUCUAUGACUUGGGACAUCUGGAAAGGUACCCCAUGGCACUGGGGAACCUGGCAGAUCUGGAAGAGCUGGAGCCCACCCCUGGCCGGCCAGAUCCUCUCACCCUCUACCACAAGGGCAUUGCCUCAGCCAAGACCUACUACCGGGAUGAGCACAUCUACCCUUACAUGUACCUGGCUGGCUACCACUGUCGAAAUCGCAAUGUGCGUGAAGCCCUGCAGGCCUGGGCAGACACAGCCACUGUCAUCCAAGACUACAACUACUGCCGAGAGGAUGAAGAGAUCUACAAGGAAUUCUUUGAAGUAGCCAAUGAUGUCAUCCCUAACCUACUGAAGGAGGCAGCCAGCUUGCUGGAAGCAGGCGAAGAUCGGCCAGGGGAGCAGACCCAGGGCACCCAGAGCCAGGGAUCUGCCCUCCAAGACCCUGAGUGCUUCGCUCACCUGCUGCGGUUCUACGACGGCAUCUGCAAAUGGGAGGAGGGCAGCCCCACGCCUGUGCUGCAUGUGGGCUGGGCCACUUUCCUUGUGCAGUCCUUGGGCCGCUUUGAGGGACAGGUGCGGCAGAAGGUGCACAUAGUGAGCCGAGAUGCUGAGGCAGCUGAAGCCGAGGAGCCUUGGGGAGAGGAAGCCCGGGAAGGCCGCAGGCGAGGCCCUCGGCGCGAAUCCAAGCCCGAGGAGCCACCACCUCCCAAGAAGCCUGCGCUGGACAAGGGUCCCAGCUCAGGCCAGGGUGUGGGGUCAGGACCCCCUCGGAAACCCCCAGGGAUGGUCCCAGGCACUGUCCGGGUCCCUGAAGGCGGCAGCACCGCUCAGGUGCCUGCGCCAGCUGUGUCACCACCACCGGAGGGCCCUGUGCUCACUUUCCAGAGCGAGAAGAUGAAGGGCAUGAAGGAGCUGCUGGUAGCCACCAAAAUCAACUCGAGCGCCAUCAAGCUGCAGCUCACCGCGCAGUCGCAAGUGCAAAUGAAGAAGCAGAAGGUGUCCACGCCCAGCGACUACACUCUCUCUUUCCUCAAGCGGCAGCGCAAGGGCCUCUGAACUGCCGGGGACUUCCUGCAGCUCACGACAAGGGCCCUACCCUGACCUCAACCACCACCCCUCCACCCCCGCCCCCGUCCCCCUCGGGGCCCAGGGCUGUCUGGAACUCUGGGUUCCCGGCUUAAGGACCGUUUACCUCGAGCCUGAACCAACGAUUCAUCCCAGUUUAGAACCCAGAGUCUUGGCUCAGUCCUUAGAAUACAGGUCCCAUUUCCCAUGAUCCUAACCUGCUGGUUGGAACCUCACCGAAGUCCUGGGCACCAAUCCUUAAAGGUCCAAUCUCUGUAAACUCGGGCCCCACCUCGGAAUGGAAGCUCUAACCCUAGGCCAACCAUGUCCCUCAGGCUUCCUCCCCACUCCAGGGCAACAAAGGAUUGGGUCUUAACGCUGGGGGCAGCGCGGUUCCGCCUUCAGUCCGGAAGUCGAGGACCCCAAUCAGCGGCUAGGAGUACAUUUCUGCGCUUGAGAAUUCCAUCCCUUGGGAAUCCAAGACCUUGCCCCAAAGAACUAAAGUCCCAACUGCCAGAAUUUGGAGACCAGUUUCCUUUCCUCCCGACCCCUAGAGGCCGGGAGGCGAAGCCCCGCCCCCAGCCUGUGCGACUCCUGAGCCCCGCCCCCUUCCUGACCAAACUGGCCCCAGAUCAGAGCAGGACCUCUUCCGACCCUCUGGGAACCUCCCCGAGGGUCAGCUCAUUACGGGGACCCGGGAGGAAAUCUGCAGGAGGUUGGGAGUGGGGGAGCUGAUCGCUUCCUGUUUUGUACAUAGAUUUAUUUUUCAGUUGCAAGGAAGAUGAAUAGAUUUUGUUAAA